AUGAGAGUCACAGCGCGAUCUCUGCAGAGAUGGGAACGCCAUCUUUCACGUAGCAAGAGCAUCAGCUUCAUAGGCCUUGGUCGAAUGGGAUCCGAGAUGGCGUUCAACCUGUUCUCGAAGCGGUACGCGGAGGCAAACGGCACGCACUUUGUCGUCUGCGAUGCUGUCCCUGAAAGCGCCAGCCGGUUCUGCGACAACUUCCACGGUCAUUUUCCGGGGGCCACGAUAGCCAUCGCCACCACGCCCGAAGAGGCGGUUCUGGCUUCGAGCACCAUCAUCACCAUGCUCCCGUCAUCCCCGCACGUGCGGAAAGUCUAUUCAGAGUCGAGCGGCAUCGUGUCUACUCUCCGCCUGCUGGAUAAAGAGGAGGCGAGAUCGACGCUCUGCAUCGAUAGCACGACGCUGGACGUGCAGGUGGGUCGGGCGACUGCGGUCGAGACGCGCGAGGCCGGCGCAGAAAUGGUUGACGCUCCCGUCUCCGGAGGCGUUACGGGAGCGAAGGCUGGUACGUUAACGUUCCUUGUCGGUGGGACGGAGGCCGGAUUCGGGCGCGUGUCUCCGAUCCUCGCUCACAUGGGCCAACGGAUCAUUCACUGCGGGCCCUCCGGAGCAGGGCUGGUCGCCAAGAUCUGCAACAACCUUGUCCUCGGAGUAGAGCAAGUGGUGGUAGCGGAGGCGAUGCUGCUAGGACAACGGCUGGGCCUCGACCCUGCGGUGCUUGCCGGGGUGAUCAACAGCUCGACGGGGGCUUGCUGGUCGUCGUCGGUGAACAACCCUGUGCCCGGUGCUUUGCCGGAGAAGUCACCGCCAUGCGAGCGCGAUUACGAGGGCGGGUUUGCGACGGCGCUGAUGCUGAAGGACAUGGGCCUGGCCACGGAGGUAUCUAGUGCGUCGGGAAGCCCCCUGCCGAUGGCAGAAGCGGCGGAGAGUAUCUAUGCGGACAUGGUUGGGCGGCAUGCGGAACUGAGGGGCAGAGAUUUUUCGUCGGUGUACCGCUACCUGGAGCGAGCCGCGGAGGAGGGACGGAGGGUGCAUGUUGCUGGGGGGGCGCGACAGAAGAGAGAUUGA